GGAAAAAUAUAUCCUUCAAUCAGGAAAGAUUUAAAAACGCCACAGAAAUACUACUGCUGUCCAAUUGAAGGUUGUCCUAGGGGACCCGAAAGGCCAUUUUCACAGUUUUCUCUCGUAAGGCAGCACUUCAUGAAAAUGCAUGCUGAAAAGAAGCAUAAAUGCGAUAAAUGUACCAAUUCGUACGGCACUAUAUGGGAUUUGAAACGCCAUAUUGCAGACUGUGGCAAGACUUUCCAGUGUACCUGUGGGUGUCCCUAUGCUAGUAGGACAGCAUUGUUAUCUCAUAUUUAUCGGACACAACAUGAGAUCCCGGUUGAACACAGGGAUCCGCCUAGCAAGAAAAGGAAAACCGAAAUUUCCCUGUCUACCUGCCCACUGGAAGAAAAAACAACGGACAGGACGUCCGCCAACAUCCACAGCAGUUGUGCCAGCGCUGAGGAUUUGGAGGCCUCUGAGAUCAUGUCGACCGCUUCCUCUGAAGAUCCCAGCCACUUUUAUUGUGUUCAGCCAACGCAAGCACAGCCCAAAAAUGCCCCAAAGUUUCUCUUGCCUAAGCCGAAAGUGGGUUUGGUUAAGCUCCCUGUCAUGCAGCUGACUCAGUUGCCUAUCUUGGUGCCAGCGCCGAACUCUUCUGUGAAGCCCUUUGUGGUGACUGUGGAUGAGAAGGGUUCUGUGAUGAGUACUGUUCACUUAAUGUCUGUGCCAGUCGGAAUUAUGAUACCCGCCGUGGAGACUGAAGCCCUUGCAUUGAAACCCCCACCAGCCCUUUCCAGAACCAAAACUGCCAAUGGUACUAAGCCAGUGAGUACAGGCAUCCAGGUGAAUUUAGGCAAAGCCGCCCCCCAUAAUCCAGUCCAGGAUCUAGAAGCUCUGUGCUAUAAAAACGGAAUCAGUUCCACCAAUGUUCAAACUGACCUGUCUUACUUUUCCCAGAACUUUGUGCCUUCUGCAGCUUGGCCUCCCGAUUCCUCGGUGUCCUCUUUUUCUCAGACAGACCUGACUUUCAGCUCCCAGGCGUUGCUUCCGGUUAGCGUAGAGACACAAACCCUGUUGCCCAGCUCCAAGCUGACUUCCUCCAUAGCUGCUCAGACUGAUGUGCUCGCUCAAGCUUGCUUUCAACCCUGCGGGAUUUCUCGGGAGACUCAGACCAGCAAGUCACAAAAAGGUCUCGACGGGAACGUGCACAUGGACCAGGCUGUCACAUGCGGCAGUCUUUUCAACAGCGUCCAUUCCUCGUUUCCCGAUUCCAACCCCAUGACUCCUCCUGGUGGUCCCUUGAUGGCAACCAACCUGGAUCAGAAUAUGCUACCUCAAGGAAACUGCAAAACUUUGAGCCCGGAUCCAAAGUGUGAGCAUUCAAUGAUCAGCUUCAACUCACCAACAAACAGUAUUCUUCCCCAGCAAAUGAUGACAGACAAUCAGACGCAAACCAUGGAGCUACUGAAUGACCUGGAAACCAUUUUUUCAAAUAACUCCACGGGCCACCCUGGCCUUCCCUUAAGCACCGUCUCUACCCAGAACGCUGGAAUAGAUUUUGACAUUGAGGAAUUCUUUACGGCCUCCAAUAUCCAAACUCAAACCGAAGAGGCCGAAUUGGGCAACUUGAACUCCGUACCGGCCUUGGAGUCCUUAGACAUUGAAACCCAGACAGAUUUAUUUUCAGACCACGCUUCCCAAUCCUAUACCUCUCGAGGCAAUUCUAAUUUCUUAGGCUUAGAAAUGUUCGAUACACAGACCCAGACAGACUUAAAUUUCUUCCUGGACACUCCCUACCUGCCUCUGGGGAACAUUUUGAAGCCCUCUGCUUUUCUGGUGAGUGCAGACUCUUCCAACACAGAAACCCAGACAGAAAUGAGGUGUCCUGACAGCGUGAUCUCCGAUCAUAUGUCAGACAGCAAAGUCCAGCUGAACAGUGCUGAGACACAGACCAUAGACAGCUGUCUUGAUACUCUGGGCAGUUUAUUUCUCACCAGCAACGAGACUCAGACCGUUAUGGAUGAUUUCCUUUUGGCUGACUUGGCCUGGAAUACGAUGGAGUCACAGUUCAGUUCCGUAGAGACCCAAACCUGUGCGGAAUUGUGCUCUUUGCUUCAGGGCUCCAACAAAGCAAGCUGCUGAGUGUGCCGUUCCCACACCGUAUAGCACUUUGAGGGUUAAGUGAUAUAUAUAUAUGAC